CGUGUCGCUUCGAAACCCCUCUCUCUCUCCGGCACACCCGAAUACAAGAUAGAAUGAUGCCGCAACCCCAACCGGCGACGUCGCAACCGCAAUCGGUGGCGAUAGUCGGACCCCAGUACUGUGUUCCGCAGGUCCUGGACCUUGCAAUCGUGAGGAAAGUGAUGUCCCUUACGGACGGCAGCUUCGUGGUCACCGACGCCGCCGACAACAUCCUUUUCAAGGUCAAAGGGCACGUCUUCAGCAUCCACGACCGCCGUGUCUUGGUCGACGCUGCCGGGAACCCGCUCAUGACUCUGACAGAGAAGAUCAUGAGCGCGCACGAUAGGUGGCAAGCUUUCCGAGGAGACAGCACCGACCCGAAAGAUCUGAUCUUUACGGUGAAGCGCUCUGCGAUGAUCCAGUUGAAGACUAAACUCCAUGUGUUUCUGUCCACCAACACCACCAACGGGCACGUCUGCGAUUUCCGCAUAGAAGGAAGCUGGUCCGAGCGAUCCUGCGCCAUUUAUGCCGGAGAAUCCAACAGCAUAGUCGCCCAAAUGCACAAGAAGCACAGCGUCCAGAGUGUCUUGCUUGGGAAGGACAAGUUCAUGGUGACGGUGUACCCCAAUGUCGACUACGCGUUCAUCGCCGCAAUCAUCGUGAUUCUAGACGGAAUCAACAAGGACGACCACGGCGGCGAUUGAUCCUAAGCCCCUCAGCCUUUCUUGAGGUCACCUUAUGUAUCGUAUGCCCAUGUUGGCUGAAUUCGAUAUCGUGAUCAUGUCAUUUCGAUCACAAAAUAAUAGGAGAUCCGUGAGCUGUAAAAUGCAUUGCUAAUGAUAAUUGCUGUGCGCCUAUGUGAUA